AUGGCAUUAUUGCAGACCAACUUAUCAACCAUAACUGGUGUUCCUGAGGAACAUGUCAAAGAGCGCAGAGUAAGAAUAUAUGAACCAGCAAAGAAUUGCAUGCAAAGUGGUACUAAUAAUAUUGGACACUGGGAAAUUGAUUUUGAUACAAGAGAGAGAUGGGAAAAUCCUCUGAUGGGAUGGAGUUCCACUGGAGAUCCAUUAUCCAAUAUGCAAGUGGAGUUUUCAACAGCAGAAGAUGCAAUUGAAUUUUGUGAGAAAAAUGGUUGGAAAUGGUUUGUUCAAAGGAGUAGUUUAGAGAAGAAGUUCAAACCUAAGAAUUACGGUGUUAACUUUGCCUGGAAUAAACGUACAAGAGUAUCAACCAAAUAAACAGUUUAUCAUAUUUGUAAAUAAAGAUAUGUUUCAAAUUUUUAGGAAAAUCCUAGAAUACUAUUAAAAUUAAAAAUUUUUCUUCAAAGAGAUAGUACGAGGUGAAAAAAUAUUCACCGCUACAGAAAAAAAU